AUGCCCGGGGCCCUGGAGCGGCCCGAGGGCUGCUGGGCCUGGGUGGUCCUGCUGGCCUCCGUGGUGGCCCAGGCCCUCACCCUGGGCUUCCCCGCCUGCAUCGGCAUCUUCUUCACUGAGCUGCAGCGCGAGUUCCAGGCCAGCAACAGCGAGACCUCCUGGUUCCCCUCCAUCCUGACGGCCAUGCUCCACGCAGGGGGGCCCCUGUGCAGCAUCCUGGUGGGACGCUUUGGCUGCCGACCCACCGUGAUGCUGGGGGGCGUGCUGGCCAGCCUGGGCAUGGUGGCCAGCUCCUUCUGCCGCUCCCUCGGCCAGCUCUACCUCGCAGCGGGCUUCUUCACAGGCCUGGGCUUGUGCUUCAGCUUCCAGUCGACCAUCACCGUGCUGGGCUUCUACUUCACCCGCCGGCGGGCACUGGCCAACGCCGUGGCCUCGGUGGGCGUCUCCCUGGGCAUCACCCUCUGGCCGCUGCUGGCCCGCCACCUCCUGGAGGAGCUGGGCUGGAGGGGCACCUUCCUGGUCUUCGGCGGGGUUUUCCUGCACUGCUGCGUCUGCGGGGCCAUCCUGAGGCCCGUGGCCCCCAGUGUGGCCCCUGGCGCGGCCCCUGCGUCCAGAGAAGGCCCUCCCGUGCCCUCCAAGUCCCCCGCGCCCGGCCGCCUGGCAGCAUGCGGCCGGGCCACCCUGCGCUACCUGGCCUUCGACAUCCUGUGGCAGAACGGGGGCUACCGCGUGUUCACGCUGGGCGUCACGUGGAUGAUCCUCGGCUUCCCGCUGCCCCAGGUCUUCCUGGUGCCGUACGCCAUCCGGCACGGGGUGGACGAGCACAAGGCCGCCCUGCUCAUCUCCAUCAUCGGCUUCAGCAACAUCUUCCUGCGGCCCAUGGCCGGGCUGGUGGCCGGCCGCCCGAACUUCGCCCGAUACCGCAAGUACCUCUUCAGCCUCGCAGUCCUGCUCAACGGGCUCACCAACCUGGUGUGCACGGUGUCGGCCAACUACCGCGUGCUGGUGGGCUACUGCCUGGUGUACAGCGUGUCCAUGAGCGUGGUGGGCGCCCUCUUCUUCCAGGUGCUCAUGGACGUGGUCCCCAUGGACCGGUUCUCCAGGGCCCUGGGCCUCUGCACCAUCCUGGAGAGCAUCUCCAUCCUCCUCUCCCCGCCAAUGGCUGGCUUUGUCCUGGACAGCACCGACAGCAACUUCAGCUACGUGUUCUACAUGUCCAGCUUCUUCAUCGUCUCCUCCGCCCUCUUCAUGGGCGGCGGCUUCUGUGCGCUUCAGCGGAAGGAGAGGCAGGGCCGGCCGGCCGGGACGGAGGCGGCCAUCCCGGAGGCGGCCAUUCCGGAGGCGGCCCCGCUGCCCGCCCUCCCCGGGGAGGACCCCGGCAGUGCGGAGAAGCAGCCGUGCACCGAAGAAAUCACGUAUGUGACCAGCGUCUGA